UUUGUUUCCUUCACAGGAAUAGACUUCAAGAUCAAAACUGUGGAAUUACAAGGAAAGAAGAUCAAAUUACAGAUCUGGGACACAGCCGGACAGGAGCGAUUCCACACCAUUACCACCUCUUACUACAGAGGGGCUAUGGGAAUAAUGUUAGUCUACGAUAUCACAAAUGCCAAAAGCUUUGAGAACAUCAGCAAGUGGCUCAGAAACAUUGAUGAGCAUGCCAAUGAAGAUGUGGAGCGGAUGCUGCUAGGAAACAAGUGCGACAUGGAGGAUAAGAGGGUGGUGCCCAAAGCAAAGGGAGAGCAGAUUGCUCGGGAGCAUGGAAUUAGGUUUUUUGAGACUAGCGCAAAAGCAAACGUAAACAUUGAGAAGGCAUUCCUCACGUUAGCAGAAGACAUACUUCGAAAGACUCCAGUUAAAGAACCCAACAGUGAGAACGUAGAUAUCAGCAGCGGCGGUGGCGUGACAGGCUGGAAGAGCAAAUGUUGUUGA